ACUCAUAGACCUAAUAUAUUGGUAGGUCAGGUCUAUGGGAAUUAACCUAUUUUUUUUUUAAUUAUGCAGACACUUGAAAGGAUGAAUAUGGACUUUUAUUAAUACUAAAUACUACCAUGAAAACAAUAACAUUAGUUAAAAUUGGGGCGAUCGGUGGCGUUGCCACCGCUGUUAUGGGAUAUGCCCUGCAAAGAAAAAUGAAUAAUAGAAUAGAAAAUACCGUAUUUUACAAAUCUGCUUUAAAUAUAGUGCGACAUAAUGCAGCAGCUAUACAUUACCUUGGAGAGCCUAUAAAGAAUAUGUCAAUUGAUGCCUUUGAAUCCAAGAAGAACUACAUCAAAGACGGCUUAGGAAAAUUUGAAAUAAGACUCAAAGGAAGCAAGCAGAAUGGUACCUUACACAUUUUUAUUGCAGAAGAUAAAUUUGAAAAUGUGGACGGUUGGAAAUUAGAUCACCUUGAAUUAGCCUUCGACAAGGAACCAGAUAGGAUGCUACUCAUUAAGACAAACAAAGAAGCGAAUAAUAUUUAAAACUUAAAAAUUGUGUAUCCAUUUCCAGGAAAACAAAUCAUAAAAUAUGUCUUUCACCAAGGUAGUAGUACCUUUUCAAUGAAAUGAGACAAUGAAAAUUUUAAGGUUUGUAGAAAAAGGGAAAAAUUGAUUCAAUUUAUUCUUCAUCUUUAGUAUCAAUUCUUUUCACCCUAACUUGCAUAAGGGUAUAAUAGUAUACAUUAUAAAUCAUAAUAAUAUAAUGCUUAUUCAUUUGAAAGAGUAUUUCAACUGAAAAAUGUAAUUCCUGAACAAAAAUAUGUCUUUCACCAUUUUAAUAUUAUUACAAAUGAGGUGGAACAGUUUAUUAUAGUCAUAAAUUUCAUAAGAAUUGGAUUUUAGUUUGUACAAUAUAAAUAGUAUUAAACAUAAAAAAUGUA